AGCAACCUCCCGCAGAAGCUCAGGAAAGAUUCAACACUGUACCUCUGUCGGGGAACAGCUGAUUAAGUGUUUGGUAAUUUAAGUGUGGUGAGGGAGAGACCAUGACCUCUAUGUACCGCUUAAAGAAACAGGUUGAAGUGCCAAACAAAGUGGAGCUUCCAUCAUGUAUGUAUAAGAUGGAGGCCUUAAACCGUGUGUCAGGGAUGGACCUUUCCUCUUCGUAUUAUGGCCCAACACGUGCAUCUCAGAAGAGCGAGGAUGUGAGUUCCCUGGAAGUAAGACAAGAAGCUCUGCUGGAGAGACUUCAGCACCUGAGGCAACAGCUGGACCAUCUUCUGGGAAACAAGGUUGUGACAUCAAAUCCCAACACAACACUCCAUUCAGUUGUAGGAGCAGCCACUCAUUCAUCACCAGUUAAGAUGGGUGGUGAAGAGAAACAGGCAGAGGUGGAACAAGUAGUGGCUCGUGUUGGAGAUCAUCUGGCACAUCUAAAUAGCCUUCAGCACAACUUCAUUGCACAGCAGGAUAAAGAUGGAGGAAUGGAAACUGAUGUGGGAAGGCUGCAAGACUCCGUACUGUACAGAUUGGGUUGCUUGAAGGCCGAACUUCAAUGUCUCUCAGAAACUGAUGAGGACACCUUCUCAGCUGUUGAAUCAGUAGGCUUAGCUGAACGACAGUGUAGCAUCUUGAAAAUAAUCAAGGUGCUAAAGGAGGAGGUGGAAUUUCUUGCCGAACUGCAGAAGAAAACGGAUCCCAAGGACUGGCCCUCUGAGGUGGAUGUUGUAACCCACCACAGAGAAGUGGUCAAGAAACUCAAGUUACUGCAAGAGGAGUUGGCUAAGAUGUUGCGAGGGUUACAGGACCUCUCUUGGGAGACUACAUCAGUACAUGACUUGGUGAUCUCAGCCAAUCCCAACGCUCCGCCUUUCUCUCUGGUUUUACUUCGCAAACUUCUGAAAGAAGUUGGUUGUCCAGUGUUCUCUGUGAACCAUCUUCACUCUUCUGUGUUAGAGGUCAAUGAUGUCUUGAGAAGUUGCUUCAUAGAUUGUCCUAUGGGAGAUCGCAAUAAACACAAAGUAGCGUUCACUCUGCACUGGAAAGAUGUGCCAGCUCCAUGCCUUAUGGUCAAUCCUCUCCGUCAAACCCAAAUAUCAGGCGAGGCCAACAUCCUGCGGUAUAUAUCUCGCCUGUUUCCCCUGUCAUCUCAGUACAAUUAUGAAGCUUCUGGCACCUUCAUGAUCAUCACAGAAACAGACCAAUUGAUGGAUCAGCUGUCCAAACAAAUAGCUUGUGGAAAUAACAAAGAACGGCAAGCAGCACUGAGGCAGUUAAAUGGAAGACUUGGAAAGACAAUAUGGCUGAUGGGAAAUACUUGUAGCAUCGUGGAUGUGUUGACCUGGUCACUGAUGAGACAGGCACAGCUCAGUGUUAGUGCCCCAGCAAAUUUAGCCAAGUGGUACAUGGCCAUGACCACCUUGGCUGGUUUAGAUAAAGAGACAGAAGUCCAAGAACCACAGCCAUGUGUUAACACUGACACAUCAGGUUCUAGAGAAAGCAGUAGUACAGGGCCAUCCAAUACUGCACACAAAUCCAAGACGUGUUUAGAUUCAAAGGAGAGGACAAAAGAUGGCUCACAGAAGACCUUUGUGGACCGAACAGGAUUAGAGACUCAUCUAAAACAGUUAAGUAUUACUUACCAAGUGCAAGACCAUGAGGAAGUGUUCACAGUAGAUGCCCUUAUGCAACAUGUGAGGGACAUGCCAGGCCUGCACAUGAAGAACCUCUUCCUGAAGGACAAGAAGAAGAAUCUCUAUCUUCUGUCUGCACGACACAAUGCAGAGGUCAAACUCAAUGAAAUUGGGAAACAAAUUGGUGUAAAGGACUUAAGAUUUGGAGAUGAAGACACAAUGUUUAGUGUGUUAGGGGUGAAGCAGGGGUGUGUUACCGCUUACGCCUUGAUAAAUGAUACAAACCGCCAAGUCCAGUUUCUCGUAGAUCAGGAAGCACUAAGUGUCUCCCAUCCCUACGUAAAUUUCCAUCCAAUGUCAAACGCAGCCACCUUGGGGAUAUCCCCGAACGACCUCAGUAAAUUUUUGACAUCUACCGGUCAUGAACCCACACUACUAACAUUAAAAUAAUUUUGUUAAAGAAGUGUAAGAAUUAAAAGAAAAGAUAAUAUUAAAAUUGAGGAAGCUGUGUGUGUUGUUUUAGUUAUUGAUUAAUAGUUUACUAACCUUCCUUUGUUUAGGUUUUCAUGCAUGGUCUUAGAUCAUUGCAAGAAGGAUGGAUAAAGUAAUUGUUGUUAGUACCAAUAACUUUUUUGUUUUCUCUUUGUAGUAAUUAUAAGGAAGGUCAAAUUUUUAAUGUUAAAUAAUAAUGUUGCUAAAAUAUUUUUGUAAUGUUAACAAAUUUAUCUUAAGAAUUUAUUGCUGAAAAUAAUAUUAAAAUUAUCUUGAGAAUUAAUUUUUGAAAAUAAUACUUGCCCAUCAUGUUCAGUAAAGCCUUGAAUAACGGCGGUAAUGUGUCCUCCAAUAUUGCAGUGUAAGGUGAAUAAAAAAUUACCAUUAAAAUAAAGCAAUAA